CAAACGCUCAAAAUAUUUCCACCGCCAGCUCUAUAAAACCAUAAACCCUAACUAGUUUUACUUCCUCUUUCUCCCACUGCUUCUGCACCGCCACUCUCACAUUCUUGCGUAGCAGGAGAAAACAAUAAAAACCCACAAUCCCUAAAGCCCCAGUAUAAUAGAAAGCGAGAAAAAGAUGCCUUCAAUAUCUCUUACUAACACCACCACCGCCACCAACUCUCCAGAUUCCAAGAAAGAAAAGAAGAUGAAGAAGAAAGUAGCUCUUGAAUCCCAAGAAACUGACCCUUUGAUGGUUUCAAUCAAGAAAGAGAAGAAGAAAGAGAAGGAGAAAAAGAAGAGAAAAGCUGUAGAGUUUGAUGAUGAAGAAGAAGAGAGGAGUGAAACAAGCUCAGAGCUUUGCGAGCCUGUGAAUUUGAAGAAGAAAAGCAAGAAAGCUAAGGUUGAGGAGGAGGAAGAGGAAGUUAAGGCUGAGGAUCCUAAUGCUGUGACGAGGUUUAGGAUAUCUGAACCGUUGAGGGAAGUAUUGAAGAAGAGAGGGAUUGAGGCUUUGUUCCCUAUACAAGCUAGGACUUUUGAGGAUAUCCUUAAUGGGGGUGAUUUGGUUGGCCGUGCUAGAACUGGGCAGGGUAAAACGCUGGCUUUUGUUUUGCCAAUUUUGGAGUCCUUAGUAAAUGGUCUUGCAAAAGCAUCAAGGAAGACAGGCUAUGGCAGACCACCUAGUGUUUUGGUUCUUUUACCUACCAGGGAAUUGGCCACUCAGGUGUUUGAUGACUUUAAAGUUUAUGGGGGCGCAAUGGGCUUGGAUUCUUGCUGUGUAUAUGGAGGAGCUUCAUACCAGCCUCAAGAAUUUGCCUUGAAGAGAGGGGUGGAUGUAGUUGUGGGAACACCUGGCCGCAUAAAGGAUCACAUAGAGAAGGGGAACAUCGACUUAAGCUUAUUGAAGUUUCGGGUCCUUGAUGAGGCUGAUGAAAUGCUGAGGAUGGGUUUUGUUGAAGAUGUUGAACUUAUUCUUGGAAAAGUAAAGGAUGUAAACAAAGUUCAAACACUUCUAUUCAGUGCCACCUUGCCAGGCUGGGUGAAACAGAUCUCUUCUAAGUUUCUCAAGCCAACCAAGAAAACUAUUGAUCUUGUUGGCAAUGAGAAAAUGAAAGCCAGUACCAAUGUAAGGCAUAUUGUACUUCCCUGUUCUACUUCUGCCAUACCUCAGGUUAUUCCUGAUAUCAUCCGUUGUUAUGCCAGUGGAGGCCGCACAAUUAUUUUCACGGAGAAAAGGGAAUCUGCAAAUGAACUUUCUGGAUUAUUGCCUGGAGCCCGGGCUUUACAUGGGGAAAUACAGCAGUCUCAGCGUGAGGUGACCCUUUCUGGGUUCAGGUCAGGCAAGUUCCUGACCUUGGUGGCUACAAACGUUGCUGCAAGGGGAUUGGAUAUCAAUGAUGUACAGUUAAUCAUCCAGUGUGAACCUCCAAAUGAUGUAGAAGCUUAUAUACAUCGGUCUGGACGCACUGGACGGGCUGGCAAUAGUGGUGUUGCUGUGAUGCUCUAUGAUCCAAGAAGGUCAAAUAUAUCUAAGAUCCAAAGAGAAUCUGGUGUGAAAUUUGAACAUAUAACUGCCCCUAAAGCUGAGGAUAUUGCUAAAGCAGUUGGUGUGGAGGCUGCAGAAACAAUAAUUCAGGUUUCAGACAGUGUAAUUCCAGCAUUCAAAUCUGCAGCAGAGGAUCUGUUGAAUACCUCAGGUUUGUCAGCGGUAGAACUACUUGCAAAAGCACUUGCCAAGGCUACUGGAUAUACUGAGAUCAAGAGCAGGUCACUACUCUCUUCCAUGGAGAACCAUGUCACGUUACUUCUUGAAUCUGGAAAACCCAUCUACACCCCGUCAUUUGCUUUUAGUGUAUUGAGGAGAAUCUUGCCUGAGGAUAAGGUUGAGUCCGUGACGGGUAUGACCCUUACAACUGAUGGAAAUGGUGCGGUUUUUGAUGUAAAGAAAGAAGAUGUUGAUGCCUUUUUAGCUGCUCAGGAAAACGGUGCUGGUGUUAACAUAGAGGUGGUAAAAACUUUGCCAUCUCUGCAAGAAAGAGAACAACAAAGGGGUAGAUUUGGUGGUGGUGGUCGUGGCAGAGGUGGUGGCAAUAGGUUCUCAGGAGGCAGAGGUGGUGGAUUCUCAGAUCGAAGAAACAGCUCUGGUGGCUUUAAAGGCCGCAACAAUGGGAACAAAUGGUGAAUGCUUUCAAUUGCAUCAGAAGUCCAUGGAUGUUGAGAGCGAUCUUAAUUUACAGUUACAAGCUGAAGAAUUUUCUGAUGAUGAAGAAAAUUUGAAAAUACAGCUGGCUUGCCUAGGGAAUUUACAAUCUAGGUUGGCUGGACAUAGAUUUUUCCUGCAAGUGUAUGAUGUUAGGCUUGUUAAUUUUUAUUUUUCGCUUUGAGCCGUAUUUAUUUCAUUUUCUGGGGAUUUUUGUUGUCUUCCCCAUGUUUGAAUUUCACUGGAAAUGUAAGAUCAGGUGACAAGAUCUAAUUCGUUUAAUUAUUGAACAGUGCAAAUCUAUGAAAAUAGCUCUUGAGCUGCGUUGAAUUUAAAA